CGUGCCACCGCCGGGCAACAGUCGUCCGCAGCUCUCGACCCGCUCCCAGAGAAACCUCGACGGUUUGGAUCCCAAAAGCUGACACAUCUCCACACCCGCAAGCAAAAAUGUCGACCAAAGUCAUGUUGAUCGUCGCACUGCUCGCCAUCGCGCUGGUGUUCGCCCAGGCCAUGCCGCCCCAGAGCCUCCUCCAGCCCACAGAGUCGUCGACGGCAACCUCGUCGACACCCGUGAACGGCGACGGCGGCAACGGCGGCACCGGCGGCUGGUGCUGGAGCGGCUCGUCGUGCAAAGAGGGCUGCCAACGGGCGGGCUUCCCCUCGGGCUACUGCUUCGUCUUCCGCUGCUACUGCAGCAACGAGUAGGGGCGGCGCACCAGCCUCGACUCGACUCCUCGACCAGCGGCCGAGAAGAAUCUCACCCCAGUAAUCUCAAAACUUGUGCGACGGACGGAAAUGCUUGAAAUACACGUGUGAAGUGUCAAA